GAGAGGGAGGAGUGCCGAGCAGAGAGCGAGGUUACACGUGAGAGCAGUCCAGAGAACGAAAGUAAGAGAGACAGAGGAGAGAGAGAGAAUAGCAGGACAGGUACGAUAGUGUGGAUUAUGGAGUUGAGAAGGUUUCAGUCUUAGUUCACAAGUUAAUUAUCUGUUGCUCACUGGAGGAGAACAAAGAAAGAGUAAACAAUAAGGGCAAUGGAGAAAGAGAGAGGCAGAGGGGAAAACCAGGUAUAGAGAGAGGGCGGGAGAUAGGCAGAGGGGGGAACAAGGGAUAGAGAGAAAGGGAAGGACAACAGUUGAAUGUUGACAGAGGGAGUGAGGAUAUUAAUCGGGAGAUUAACAAAAAGGAGGAGAGAGAGAGGGGAAAAAGAGAAGGUGUAGAGAAAAACUAAUAGAUUCACAUUGACAGAGUGGACUGGACUUCAAUGAAGCACUGACAUCAGCAAAAUAAAGGGUGAGAGAAAGAGAAAGGUCACUGCAGUAGGUGCUGUGCACUAUAGUUCCUUAAGCACGCUUACUAUGCAACAGGAGAGUUAGGACACGCAAAGACAGACAGACGUUCACUACACGAUUGAACCAUGUUGAUGAAGGAGUAUAGAAUAUGCAUGCCACUAACUGUGGAAGAGUAUAAGAUUGGGCAGCUGUACAUGAUCAGUAAACACAGUAAUGAGCAGAGCGGAGGAGGGGAGGGAGUAGAGGUGGUGAGGAACCAACCAGACACACAUCCCCAACAUGGCCUGGGACAGCUCACUGAGAAACGCAUCUACCUCAACAGUAAACUGCCAUCCUGGGUGAGUGUGUUUGUCCCCAGGGUCUUCUAUGUGACAGAGAAGGCCUGGAACUUCUACCCUUACACCAUCACAGAGUACUCGGUCUCCUUCCUUCCCAAGUUCAGCAUCCGUAUUGAGACCAGGUUUGAGAACAACAAUGGUGACAACAAUAAUGUAUUUGGAGACAGGCCCACCCCUGCAGAGAGCGUGAGCCACCUGGAUAUCCUCAUUGACCCCAUCCCUGACAAACACUACAAGGAGACAGAGGACCUGAGUCGCUGGGUGUCUGAGAAGACGGGCCGAGGCCCCCUGGUGGAAGGGUGGCGUAAGGACAGCACCCCCAUCAUGUGCUCCUAUAAGAGGGUGCAGUGCAGUUUCGAAGUCUAUGGCUUCCAGGGCAAGACUGAGGACUUCAUACACAGGAACAUCCAGGACAUCCUACUGGUGGGGCACAGACAGGCUGUGGCCUGGACAGACGAAUGGCAUGGGAUGAGUUUGGAGGAUGUGAGAGAGUAUGAGCGACAGAUACAGGAACAGACCAACAGCAAACUCAAAUCAACCCAGAACAACAACACAGCCCCUCGUCCGGCAUACUCGCGCUCUAUGUCGGUCACAGAUGAACGCUCUCUGAAGAAGAUGGGAGUGAAGACUAUGGCCAUGUCAGACCCCUCCACCUCCACACUGCCUCAUAGCACUGUCCGCCUUAACUCCACCCCCGAGUAACACACACGUUCAUACUGAUGCAUCAAUUCCUGCCUGUUUAAACCCCUCCGUGACAGUAACUACACUGCAGCAGACACACUCCACCACAGACACAGUUAACCAGUAAAGCUACACUGUCCACAGAAGCAGCACUUAGACCACUCAGGUCCUACCCCUUUCUCCAGCUGUAACUAUAUAACCCAACCCCCUGUCCUACCCCUUUCUCCAGCUGUAACUAUAUAACCCAACCCCCUGUCCUACCCCUUUCUCCAGCUGUAACUAUAUAACCCAACCCCCUGUCCUACCCCUUUCUCCAGCUGUAACUAUAUAACCCAACCCCCUGUCCUAUCCCUUUCUCCAGCUGUAACUAUAUAACCCAACCCCCUGUCCUAUCCCUUUCUCCAGCUGUAACUAUAUAACCCAACCCCCUGUCCUACCCCUUUCUCCAGCUGUAACUAUAUAACCCAACCCCCUGUCCUACCCCUUUCUCCAGCUGUAACUAUAUAACCCAACCCCCUGUCCUAUCCCUUUCUCCAGCUGUAACUAUAUAACCCAACCCCCUGUCCUACCCCUUUCUCCAGCUGUAACUAUAUAACCCAACCCCCUGUCCUACCCCUUUCUCCAGCUGUAACUAUAUAACCCAACCCCCUGUCCUACCCCUUUCUCCAGCUGUAACUAUAUAACCCAACCCCCUGUCCUACCCCUUUCUCCAGCUGUAACUAUAUAACCCAACCCCCUGUCCUAUCCCUUUCUCCAGCUGUAACUAUAUAACCCAACCCCCUGUCCUAUCCCUUUCUCCAGCUGUAACUAUAUAACCCAACCCCCUGUCCUAUCCCUUUCUCCAGCUGUAACUAUAUAACCCAACCCCCUGUCCUACCCCUUUCUCCAGCUGUAACUAUAUAACCCAACCCCCUGUCCUAUCCCUUUCUCCAGCUGUAACUAUAUAACCCAACCCCCUGUCCUACCCCUUUCUCCAGCUGUAACUAUAUAACCCAACCCCCUGUCCUAUCCCUUUCUCCAGCUGUAACUAUAUAACCCAACCCCCUGUCCUAUCCCUUUCUCCAGCUGUAACUAUAUAACCCAACCCCCUGUCCUAUCCCUUUCUCCAGCUGUAACUAUAUAACCCAACCCCCUGUCCUAUCCCUUUCUCCAGCUGUAACUAUAUAACCCAACCCCCUGUCCUACCCCUUUCUCCAGCUGUAACUAUAUAACCCAACCCCCUGUCCUAUCCCUUUCUCCAGCUGUAACUAUAUAACCCAACCCCCUGUCCUACCCCUUUCUCCAGCUGUAACUAUAUAACCCAACCCCCUGUCCUACCCCUUUCUCCAGCUGUAACUAUAUAACCCAACCCCCUGUCCUAUCCCUUUCUCCAGCUGUAACUAUAUAACCCAACCCCCUGUCCUAUCCCUUUCUCCAGCUGUAACUAUAUAACCCAACCCCCUGUCCUACCCCUUUCUCCAGCUGUAACUAUAUAACCCAACCCCCUGUCCUAUCCCUUUCUCCAGCUGUAACUAUAUAACCCAACCCCCUGUCCUAUCCCUUUCUCCAGCUGUAACUAUAUAACCCAACCCCCUGUCCUACCCCUUUCUCCAGCUGUAACUAUAUAACCCAACCCCCUGUCCUAUCCCUUUCUCCAGCUGUAACUGAGUUUGCAUCCCAAUAUUACACUUUAUAUACAUCAAAGUAGACUGAAAUAUUACAAAACUGUUUGACAUAGAAACACCGAAUUUUCAUCAGGUAAAAAAACAAUGAAAUGAUGAAUAACAUUCCACCCAUGUGGCCUCUGGGUAAUUUGACUGCAGGAAAGGGCUACUAGAGUGGAUAUAAUGGUAGGGGAGUGCCGUGGAUCCACAGAGCCAACCCCCCCCCCCCCCCCCCCCCCCCCCGGUGUAUCGAGGCACUGCAGCAAAUGGCUGAAACAGGGCUAACCUUCACUGAUGAGUCAAUAGGAUGGCUGUUUUAAACAUGAUUAACUUCUGAUCUAUGGUAAUGGCUGCAACAUGACCUCUGUACAGGCUGUGGAAUAAUCUGACAUAGAGGAUGAAUAUAAUUUAUAACUAGUUUUAUAUUGACACAUUAUACAUAUACUGUAUAUUUGGCUGUUUAGUCUAUUGUAAUGGCAGUCCAUUGCCAGCUAUGUACCUCUUGUAUGAAUGAAUAAAAUACUUUUUCUCCUGUA